AUGAGAAAUAGACACAAUAACAAUGCCAAUACGUCUCAGAACGAACUAAACUCUCUUACGCAAGAGGUGAAAGAAUUAGUUAAAAAGAGAGAUUUUGAUGAGUUUGCCAUGACGCAAAUCAGGGCCACCACUCAAAUUUCCAGCAAGUUACGAAGGAUAAAGGAAGAUAUGGAAGAAAUGGAUAGCCGACAAAAGGCUUUUCUCGAUAGUAUAAAGGAAAUAUUGAUAACGUCUAAUAAUUUGUCGCCGUCUUCUUUUUUGAGUUCCUCACCACCAAAGAUUCUAUAUACCGUGUUUACUAAAAAAUGA